ACCAAAAGUGGUUGGUAGUGGGCUCACGUGGUACAGAGGCUGAUUUUGAUUGGUUAUGCAAGCAACAAAAGCUGGAAACUUCCAGGAGGUUAAGUAUUUUAAGGUGGGAAAGGAGAACUCCAUCAACGAAGACUCUUUGUGAACACCACGACUGAAGAAAGACUAAAUAAAUAAAAAACAACAUGGCCUCUCGCUAUGGUGAUAUCGGUAGUGUUCAAACUAGUGGCGCAUCACGCCAAACAGCAAGUGCUGAUCGACUCAGUUCCUCUGGAGUGUCUGCAUCGCAUGAGAUGGCUGCAAGUGAUCUUCGCUAUGUGAACAGAUACAAAGACAAAAUCAUCAGCGCAUCUCGCAGGCAUGACGUGCAACCUGCCAUCGUGGCUGGCAUCAUCUCCAGAGAGACCCGCGGAGGCCGAGCGAUAGAAUCCACUAAUGGCUAUGGCGACCACGGAAAUGCCUUUGGUCUGAUGCAGGUUGACAAGCGCUGGCACUCUCCCCGCGGUGCAUGGGACAGCGAGGAGCACAUCAGCCAGGGCAUUGAGAUCUACACCGGCUGCUACUCUGAAAUUGCGAACAAGUUGCCUUCCUGGACCAACAAUCAGAAGUUGAAAGGGGCGCUGGCUGCCUACAAUAUGGGCGCAUCGAAUGUGAGGACCUAUGAAGGAAUGGAUGUUGGUACUACUGGAGGGGACUACGCCAAUGAUGUCUCCGCCAGGGCCCAGUACUAUCUGAGAAACGGGUAUUAACUCCCAGUGUCCUGAUGCCAGAUCCUGUUGACAGCGCUGCAAACCCUUGGCCUUCUCUCUCUUUUUUUUUUUUUUAUAAUUAUUUUUAUUGCUUUCAUCGAGAGAUAAUACAAUUACCAGCAUACUAUAUACAUUUGUACUCAGAACACAAUAAAAUUCCUACCAGUAACAGUAUUCCUCUACUUUACAGGAUCUUAGAUCAGACUCACACUCACCCUCAUACUCAUGCCUUUACACAUACACCCACACAUUUACCCACAUGAAGUAAGUACCUUCCUAUACUCUCCACACUUCCACUCAUCCACAUACCAUUCAAUUCCACACCUACACGUAUACCAUUCACCCUUCCCCAGACACACAUAAACAGUUACACACAUACAAACAAUAACACACAUACUUCCACACACACUUGGUUCCCAUUCUUUAGCCGUCAAAUUCAGUCUUACCCGAUAUGUUUACAAGGCUUCAUAGAUGUCCUGCCAUACCUUACUAAAUUGUUGCCUUUUGUUCCGGUCUUCAUACAUUGAUUUUUCUAUGUUUAAAUAAUACUUCAUUAAUCCCUUCCAUUCUUGUAGUGAUGGGGCCUGUGUAUCCUUCCAGUGCUUUAAAAGUAAUUUUUUAUACACCAAAAAGGAGAAAAGGACCUUCCAUCCUAUAGGGUAUUUCAGAUUGUCUGUCUUUUGGAAGAUGCCAUUCACCCUUGGCCUUCUCUCAAUGAACUUCAUGAUGUAGUCACCUGAAAUGAUUUUC